AUGGGUCCUUUCAUACCGUCAAAGGGGAAUAAGUACAUAUUGGUUGCUGUAGACUAUGUCUCGAAGUGGGUGGAAUCCAUUUCACUCCCCACUAAUGAUGCUACUAUGGUGGCAAUAUUUUUGAAAAAGAACAUUUAUACAAGGUUUGGGACCCCUCGAGCCAUCAUCAGUGAUCAAGUGGAGGUAUCAAACAGAGAAAUUAAGAGGAUUUUGGAUAAGACUGUGAGCGCGAGUAGGAAAGAUUGGACACUCAAGCUCGACGAUGCUCUGUGGGCAUACAAAACAGCUUACAAAACUCCAAUUGUCUUUGGUAAGGCAUGUCAUCUACUAGUUGAGCUCGAGCAUAAAGCAUAUUGGGCAAUAAAAAAGCUGAAUUUAGACAUGGUUCAAGCUGGAGAAAAGAGAUUGUUGCAACAACACGAGUUGGAGGAAUUUCGCUAUCAUGCCUAUGAGAACGCGAAAAUGUACAAGGAGCGAAUGAAGAGAAUUCACGAUAAGCGCAUCCAACCUCGUGACUUUAUACCCGGGCAGUUAGUCUUGCUGUAUAACUCCAGGCUGAGGAUUUUCGGAGGGAAGUUGAAAAGUAAGUGGUCGGGGUUGUUUGAAGUCAUUCGGGUGACCGCACAUGGGGCGGUUGAGCUGAAGCGGCUGAGUGCAGAGCGGACAUUCUUGGUAAAUGGGCAGAGGGUCAAACACUACUUUAGAGAGGUCAUCAAUCCGGAGAAGACCUCAGUGGAUCUAAAGGAGGCUUGA